AUGUCCAAGUACGGUUGCCCAACUUCUGACUGCGACCCAAACGUUGUGACUAUGAUCACGAAGCGUGGACCUGUCAACAAGACAUUGAAGUCCGCCUCACAGCUGAAUGCUGCUCAACGUUCUGGAGCUGAAAUUUCGACAGAGAAAAAGACGAUGUCCGGUGGAAACCGUCAACAUACCGCAAACAAGAACACUCUCCGACUGGAUGAAGAAACGGAAGAACUUCAUCACGAGAAAGUCGCGUUAUCUCUUGGAAAAGUGAUGCAGCAGGCUCGCGCAACCAAAGGUUGGACCCAGAAAGAUUUGUCAACGCAAAUCAACGAAAAGCCGCAAGUCGUCGGCGAAUACGAAAGCGGAAAAGCGGUCCCGAACCAACAAAUCCUAGCCAAAAUGGAAAGAGCUCUCGGCGUCAAAUUGCGUGGAAAGGAUAUCGGAAAACCAUUUGGGGCGAAGCCAGCCGCGGCUGCUAAGAAGUGA